AUGGUCACAAAUGACCUUUCCACCUUCUGGGAAUCCAUACCGAGUAACUUGCGUAAUGCCAUCGAACAAGCAGUACCAGCCCAUAUCCUAGAGGAGCGCCUAUCCAUCUUCACAAAUCCAAUGACCUUGACAUACAUAUACGCCCAACUGGAAGAUCUUCUACAAGACAUGGUCGCAGCGGAAACACGACCCGCACAGCCAUCAGACAACGGAACCAGCACCCAUCAAGUUGACCCAAGAAUUUCAGCCUUGUUUCCACUAGCCAUGCUCCAGACCGAGAUGAAGCAUUACGCGGCUGCCGAAAAAUCCUGGCGUGGUCUUCUUUACAUCAGUCCCCCUCUCGGACUNGAUCUCGCCGCAAUGUCCAAUCUCAUCGACGUGCUCAACCUGCAGCACAAAUAUGCAAAAGCAGAGAUUCUCUCAAAGCGAUUGAUGCCACUGCUGCAGGCGGAAUUGGGCGACAAUAGCCCGCAGUAUUUAGGUGUGAUGCGAAAGUUGAUGGAGAGUUUGACAGGACAAGGUAAAAAGGACGAAGCAAGACAAGUUUAUCAAAGAAAUAUGGAGCUGGUUGGUACCAUUAGCGAUAGCAAUAUCAAGAAGGACGAAGUGGAUGCUUUGCAGGAGAUGAUUACGAAGAUCAACGCAUCAGGUGAUCUGGUGUCGUCAUUUUUGCGAGCUACAGGAUGGACAUGA